AUGUUCGCAGUAUAUUUUCAUGGGCAGUAUGAAGGUUCUGAUGGUCUAAUAGACAAAUUUGACGAAAUAAGAAUCUUUACAGUUCGUUCAGACGAAAGUCUUGAGAAAACUCUAGAUGACUUUCAAACUCAAAUGAACAAAUAUUAUUGGGAAUUUCAAAAAAAAUACGACUCUUUACUAAAUGGAACAUACUAUCUGAAACUAGAAUAUGACAAGAUGAACUCCACCGUUUCAUUUCAAAAGAUUGAAAUUAACCCUCCAAGAGAUACAGAGUUUUUAUUUUGGGAAGUAGACAAACGUUCUUGGGCACAAUUUCUUCGGUUACUAAACCAGAACGAACCAUUACCACCAGAUGGUCCAUUUCAAUUUAUACUUCCACCAGCAGAUUUGAUGGUUUAUAGAAACGUGUUUGACCCUCAAAAUGUUAUGUGUCAUGCAAGUUUCAGUUCAAGCAACAAUUGUUUUCUAUGUAUUGGUAAGGACCUUUAUGACUUUGCUUCUAAAUUCUACGAACCACCUAGUAACAGUUUCUCUGACUUUCAAGUUUGGUUCACAACAAAUGGUGUGCAACAUAUUAUUCCAUUGUACUAUGACUUUUAUCUCGAAUUGUCUUUCAUAUAUAACUACGGAAAGGUGCUGAAAAAGUAUUGA